AUGGACAACCCUCUAAUCUCGUCCCAGAAGUCCUCGGACUCGGGACUCCAGGCAGUUCUUCACCCUCUCGUUCUUCUGACCAUCUCCGAUUACAUCACCCGCUACACCCUGCGAGAGCAAAAGGGCGUGAUUGCCGGCGCUUUACUGGGACAGCAGAACGGCCGCGAAGUCACAAUCGAGCAUGCCUUUGAGUGCGCCACAAAGGCCGAAGAUGGAAACAUUGUGCUGGAUGGCCACUGGUUUGCCCAGAGACUGGAUCAGAUGCGCACCAUACACAAGUCACCUCAAUUAGACCUUGUGGGUUGGUACACACUACUGCCCAGGACUGGCCCGACCCCAUCCAUUCUCCCGAUUCACAGCUGGCUCCUCUCGGAACACAACGAGUCGUCGUUGCUGCUGGCCUUCCACCCGGAAGAGGCCGUCGACCAAUCGGCAGGUAGCAGACUACCUCUGACCAUUUACGAGAGCAAUUACGAAGUGGACGAACCCAAGGCGGACCACAACAGCGAAGACAAGGAGAUGAAGGACAGCGAUGCGCCUCUCAAGCUCAAGUUCCGAGAGCUGCCAUACUCUGUGGAGUCCGGUGAAGCUGAGAUGAUCAGCAUGGACUUCAUUGCUCAAGGUGCCGGCAAUGCGACCCUAGUCAAGCCAAAGGAGCCGGCAAAGACUGGAAGGGUGCUACAAGAAGUUGAGGGCAAGGGCAAAGAGAAGGUGGAGAAGGUGGAGGAUGACAAGCAGCAAGAAGACAGCACACCUGUCCCGGAUGAGCACGUACUGUCCCGGGAAGAAGAAGAACUUAUUGGGUCCCUCACAACCAAGGCCAAUGCCAUCAAGAUGCUACAAGCUCGCAUAAAGCUUCUCAUCACCUACCUCGAGCGACUGCCACCAUCUUCAAUCUCGGGCUCCCAGACGCCGUCAGCCGCCGAGCAACAGGCAGACGCUCACACGAUGCCGUCGCAUACCAUCCUCAGAUCUAUCCAGGCUUUGGUGAACCGGCUCGCACUCCUAGUACCCUCUGCCACAGAGGCUUUCCAGCAGGAACUGCUUAGUGAAGCUAACGAUGUACAUCUCGUGACUCUGCUCAAUGAUGUCAUGCAAAGUGCUAUUGGCAUUCGUGACAUUGGCAAGAAGCAUCAUGCUGUGGAAUCUGCCAAGAAGCAGACACGGAACUUGAUGCAGCAGGUCAACCUCGAUGGCGGACACAUGGCAGCAGCUGGAAUGGUUGACUUCUAG